GUGAAGAAAUCUCAAGAUAAGGAGAUCUCUAUUGUUGGCAAUUUUUAUCCAUGGCGUCAUUGUUGAAGGGUUUCGGCUUCAUAACAGGUGCCGCCUCUGGCAUCGGUAAAGCAACCGCGUUUUCAUUUGCGAAGUAUGGUGCUCGAGGAAUCGCCAUUGGCGACCUGAAUGCCACGGCAGUAAAAGCGACGGCGUCAGAACUCAACAAAGCUUUCCCAGGAGUUGAAAUUCUGCCCUUGCAGGUGGACGUGGCCGAUGAACAAUCGAUCAACAAGGCCGUCUCCGACGCAGCAGCCAAGUUUGGCCGGAUUGACUAUGCUGUCAAUAAUGCCGGCAUCGCAGGUUCUAAUGCCCGCUCGGGGGACCACGAGCUAUCAGAUUGGCAGAAACUUAUGAGCAUCAACCUGACUGGAGUUUGGAUGAGCUCCAGAGCAGAGAUACGGCAAAUGCUCAAGCAAGAACCACUUGAACCCAAUUCUGUUCGGUUUGGGAAAGGAACCAUUAUCAAUGUCGCUUCCAUGUAUGGGAUUGUUGGUACUUCUAGAGACAUAUCAGCCGUGGCAUAUACGACCUCUAAGCAUGGCGUGGUCGGCAUGACAAAGGCAGAUGCUGCAGCUUAUGCCGCAGAUGGGAUCAGGAUCAACGCUAUAUGUCCAGGUUAUGUGGCCACGCCUCUGCUCCAAACAGCCUCGAGCAUGGGUGUGAUGCAGAAGGAAAUCGAGAAAACACCAGCUGGCAGGAUCGCAGACAUGGACGAAAUCGGGGAUGCUAUAACCUAUUUGGCCUCCCCACUAAGUAGUUUCAUGAAUGGCAGUGGCAUGGUCAUUGAUGGUGGGUUUACUGCUCAGUGAUUAGGAAGACUACUUGAGAAUGCGUGUAAAGAGCCUCGGGAACAGGUAGUCUUAUUGAACAAAAUGCUAAAACUCCAACCCAGAUUUU